AUGACAGCUUAUUCCCCACUUGGAAACACCAAUCCCACAUAUCACUCCUCCUCCUCCUCCUCCUCUCCCUCUUCCUCUUCCUCAUCAAAAGACCAAAAAGAAACCAUUCCACCCCUCCUCCAAAACGAGAUUCUCAACGAAAUAGCACAAUCACGAAACUGUACUCCAGCCCAAGUAGCUCUAAAAUGGAAUAUCGGGAGAGGUAUCUCUGUAAUUCCUAAAAGUAGUCAUAAACAAUGGAUUGAAGAAAAUUUACAGGCUGAGAAUUGUGAAUUGACGCAUUCGGAUUUGACGAAAUUGAGAUUUGUGGGGAGGAAAUGGUUGAGGAGAUUUAAUGAUCCGGGGGAGGAUUGGGGAGUUAGGCUUUUUGAGGGGUUGGAGGGGGUUUAG